AUGCUUAAUCAAGAUGAAUCGGCGCUUAUUAGGACGAUAUUAGGACCAAGAUUGACUCAAAUUGUUCACGGGGAAUUGUCGGAUGAUAGUAAGUUUCAGUUUAGAUCUCUACUUACAGGCAAGGCUAUUGACAAGGUAGUGAACGAUGAAAAUGGAGCUGUGAUGAACUGCUUUAUAGUAGAGGCAUAUUUAAGUGAUAUUUCUGAUAAACAAGUGAAUGAAAUAAUCAAAGAGCUAAUUAUAAAGCUUCAAAUACCCACCAAUAGAGAUUUUAUAUGGCUGAGGAACGAUGAGCUAAGUUGGCAGAGACAAUUAAGGAUCGACAACUUCUAUAGAAUAAGGUUAAUGGACAUUAUGGCUGAUAAAGUUUUGUUAGAGAAGGUUGCCUCUGAACUAAGGGUGAAGUUGAUAGAUCGGUUAACGGCAUUUUAUGAUAGUCAAUAUUGUCCAUGGUCCAAUAUUGAAAUCUCUAAUAAAUGCACUGAAUGCAUAGCAAAACUUAAUGUUACCAAGACAGAAAUUGAAGGGCUAAUUCAAAGCUACAAAUCUAUUCUUGAUGAGUUAUCGGAUAUCAAUUUUCGGUCUAAGCUUACUAGAUCUGGCCAUAUACGUCUGCGGAAUAAUACGGAGUUGUUCAAAGAUGUCAGCCCAUUGUUCGGAAAGUCGUAUUCUAAUACGGUGAGCAGUAGGGACCUUUUUGUUCGACGGAAUCUCUACAGAUUGAAUGUAUUGAAAUACCUAGUGGAAAAGUUUAGUGGAAUGGAGCUUGAACGUCAUUGGGGAGUUGUCUUCUCAUUGACUAUGUGCUUUCUCGAUGACACCCAACCACUUGUUAAAGUUGAAGCGUGCAGAAACUUGCAGCAGAUUUUCCUAAAAUUGAUUCCAGGAGAUAACAUUCUAACUCGUACACAAGUAAGUCCGGUGGUCUUUGGGAGCAUAGUGCCCAUAAUAUUAUCAUUACCGUCGAUGACGCCUAAAGAAACAUCUCAAAGAGCCAUUCCGGUGGCAUACAAAACGAUUUUUGACCUGUGGAAUGCUACAGCGGAGUCGAAGCAAAUUGGUAAGCUUUCAAUGAUUCUCAACGAUUUUAUUUGUCCGUCUCUAACCAAGGUAAAGGAGUACCCAGACCUUGUGAUGAUCCUUCUAAGGGUCAUUGACCAACAACUAAUACCAGCAGCGGGAGACUCAAUGAUUCUAUUCCGAAAACAGAUUCUCUACACUGUUUUGGACUUGUUGAUAGAUCCUUACAUAGUGUAUUCCUUGCCUGUGGUUUUUGAAAGUGUGGUGAUUAUUGACCAUUUGGGCUUGGAUGGGCUGAGAAAACGCAAGUACGACAUCAUCGGAUGCAUAUUAAAAUUAGAGAAACGACUUGUACGUAGCUACGGCGAUAGAGAAACAUCGGAAGAAUCUACAACGCAAUUAGCCAAGUUGAACCAAUCUUUCGAGUCCUUAAUUGUUCAGUUGGACUUUUCCUCAGAGGAACUGGAACAGAUCCGACUUGCACAGCCGCGAUUCACAUAUGUGUCAGAGUAA